CUCAAUAGUCAGUGUUUUAUACAUUUUUUUGGAUCAAAUUCUUUUCUUUUCUAUAAUUUAUGAAGUGACAAAAAUGUUUCAAAUUGUCAUUCAAAGUGUACUCUUCAGGAAAGGUGUGAACAACACUUCGACGACAACCAAUGAUAACGACGACGAUAUUCAGGUCAUUGAAACUUCGACUGCAGUUAAACAAGAGACCAAAACUGAAGAGGACAUCAUUGAGAUAACGGAAUCACCAGAAGUAGUCCGAAAUCGGAAACAAAUUAAAUGCGAUACAAUUGAAUCGCCAAUUAAUAUACCGAAGAAUCGCGUUAAGAGACGACUCGAUGACAGUGACGACGAGGAGUUGAGUCGUAAACAAAUAAAGACAACGACAACAACCAAUGAUAAGAAUGGAUCCGCAGAUAAACGUAUUGAAGACGACAUCGGAAAAAUGGCUUUUGAAGAAAUGUGCGAAAACACUAUCAAAGAGUUACAGUCAUUGUUUCCAGAGAUUGAUAUCUGCGAAAUACAGGACGCACUCAUCCAAAGUGAUUGGUCAGUCUUUAAUGCGUCCAUACUUUUGGGAAAUCUUUAUGAACCACCUGAACGGGAAACUAAACCMAUUGUCACCGAAACUAAGCCACAGAUCUGUACGAACAACGAAAAGAUGAAGAAUUUGGACGCUUAUCGUAAAUGGCGACCGGGUGUCUCAAAUAGUGGACACAAUGUGGCCUCGGAUGAUGAAGUGACAGCUGAACCGAGUCAUAGUUAUAAUUCUAUUAAAAAUAAUCGACAAAAAUUUGUCAAAAAUUAUAACAAUAAAAAGUUGGAAGUGUUAAGUGAUGACAGCGAUGCAGAUGACGAUGAAGAGGAGUUCACUAAGACAUCUGAGGGUUUUGUUUGCGAAGAUAGCAGUGAUGCCGAUAGUGAUCGAAGUGAUAACGAUUUGCAGCGAAAAUUCAAAGAAAAGAGUUCCAAUAAAUUGUAUAUUAGGACUCAGGACUUAAAGAACAAAGUGGUCGACUUCUUACAGACUUCAUAUACCUUUGAAUUGGAAGUGGUUCCGGGUGUUAGCAAAAAGAAAAUUGAUCUCAUUGUAAAUAUGCGACCAUUUCAUGACUGGAAUGACGCCAUUUGGAAGUUUCGUAACUCCAAUCUAUCCGAAGAAAUUUUGGACAAUUGUGCCGAAGUUAUGCGCGCCAGAGAAGUGGUCAAUAGAUUGAUGAACUCAUGUGAAGAUAUUGCAAAAAAUUUGUCCGAUACUGUAGACCGACUGACCGCUUUGGAUCAGCCAAAAGUGUUGAACAAUGAGAUGAAAUUAUCUCACUAUCAGAUGAUUGGUCUCAAUUGGUUAGCAUUGAUGUACAGGAAAGGUAUUAACAGUAUUUUGGCGGAUGAGAUGGGUUUGGGAAAGACUAUUCAAGUGAUCGCAUUUUUAGCCUAUUUAAGAGAAACCAAGAACUUGACAGGUAUUCAUCUGGUGAUAGUUCCGGCCUCGACAUUAGAGAAUUGGAGUCGUGAAUUCCAGACGUGGUGUCCUGACAUCAAAUUAUUGCUUUAUUAUGGCUCUCAAGAGGAAAGGGCUAUGAUUAGGGAACAGAUUAGUCGUAAAGAAAUUGAUUUUGAUGUCAUUCUUACCACAUAUACUAUCGCCCAAAGUCCUGGUGAUAGGGGUCUGUUCAAGAAAAAUAAGUUUUCUUAUUGUGUCUUUGAUGAGGCACACUAUCUGAAGAACAUUAAGAGUAUUAGAUACGAGUCACUUAUGAAGAUUAAAGCUAAACAUCGACUCUUAUUGACCGGAACUCCAUUACAGAACAAUUUGGUGGAACUCAUGUCGUUAUUGAUCUUUACAAUGCCAAACAUGUUUAAUGGCAAAGUGGAUCAGAUUAAGAAAUUGUUUACUUAUAGCAACAAUGAUUCGAGUGAUCGCAUAAAAUAUAUCAACGAUCGCAUAGAACAGGCAAAGAAAAUAAUGAAACCAUUUGUCUUAAGACGCCUCAAGUCUGAGGUCCUCAAAGAGUUGCCACUAAAGAUAGAUCACGUGUUAAAUGUACCGAUGAGUAUAACUCAAGAACAGAUCUAUCACGAGCUGAUAGAAAACUAUACGCGAGAAAUCAAAUACAGAAAAAUAACAUUUGAAGACAGCGAACAAAAUGAAGACAAUAAUGAAGAGAAGUAUAAGAAGGGCAACGGAAUGUUGAUGAAUCUUCGCAAAGUAGCCAAUCAUCCGCUUCUUAUACGACAUCAUUAUAAUGACAAUAAACUUAAACAAAUGUCACGACUGGUAAUUAAAGAACCGAAAUAUAGAGAUUCAAAUGUCGACUAUGUGUUUGAAGACAUGCAAGUGAUGCACGACUUUGAACUKUACAGACUUUGUAAUGAUUGUGAAUCAUUGAAAACGUUUCGAUUAGAUCACAGUUUUAUUGAAGAUUCGGGUAAAUUCAAAGAGUUGGACAGUUUACUCACCAAAUACAGACUGGAAGGCAAACGAGUUUUAUUGUUCAGUCAGUUUGUCAUUAUGUUGGAUAUAAUUGAAGAGUUCGUUAAAUUGCGAUCUUAUCGAUAUUUAAGACUUGACGGAAGCACUAAAGUGGCCGAUCGGUUGGAUCUGAUAGAUAACUAUAAUAAUGAUUCGGACAUUUUUGUCUUUUUGUUGUCGACACGCGCUGGUGGACUGGGAAUCAAUUUAACGGCAGCCAAUGUUGUCAUCAUUCAUGACAUUGACUUUAAUCCAUAUAAUGACAAACAAGCAGAAGAUAGAUGUCAUCGUAUCGGACAAACACAAGAAGUCACUGUUUAUCGUUUUAUAAGUCAGGGAACAGUUGAAGAGGGAAUACACAAGAUUGCAGAAGAGAAACUCAAAUUAGGAAAUGAUAUAUCGGAAUCAAAUCAAGGCAAAGAUGAUAAAGAAGAAAGAAUUGAUAAGUCAGACGUCAAGACAUUGUUGAGAGCGGCUCUCAAGUUAUGACCAAAUGUUUAUUAAUAUGAGUUAUAAAUACAUAAAUGGAUAGAAAUUAAUUAAUUUAUAAUUGUAAGCACAUUACAGGUAUCUAAUAAAAUAAAAUAAAAUAAUU